CUUUUGGCUCGUGUUUUCAUUUCGGAUAUGACCAAAGCUCGUCUCGAAGGUCUGUUAGACGCAUUCCCGAAGUUGAUCGCCUCGGAUAAAUCCCAACGCCAGCAUACGUUCGUUGAAACAGAUAGUGUUCGAUAUGUAUUCCAUCCUUUGGACAAUAUUUACAUAGUUCUAGUCACCACGAAGGCCUCGAAUAUACUCGAGGACCUCGAGACUUUACGUCUGUUCUCGAGAGUGAUUCCAGAGUACUGUCGUUCGAAUGAUGAAAAAGAGAUUCAGUCAAAUAUAUUCGAUUUGAUAUUUGCAUUCGAUGAAAUUGUUGCGUUAGGAUAUCGUGAAAAUGUGAAUUUGGCACAGAUACGAACAUUCACUGAGAUGGAUUCACAUGAGGAGAGAGUCUUCAAUCAAAUUAAGAUCGCACAAGAGAAGGCUGCAACUGAGAUGAUGACACAAAAAGCAAAUGAAUUGAAGAAACUCAAAGCUGAACAAAAGAAGGCAGGAAGAGGAAUGGCAAACAACGUAACAUCGAUAAGUUCAUCGUCUCCGCCGAUGCUGAGCGCAGUCAGUGAUGAUAUGGCAACGUCAACAGUCAUAUCAUCAAUGCUUCAGAAGAAUAUUGCGUCGUCUGUUGGUGCUACCCGAGGCACGGGUGGCGGUGGCCACGCGCUCAAACUUGGUUCAAAAGCAGCGGACGACGAUCUGUUUGUCAAGCAGUUGAAGAGUGAAGGCCAAAUUAUAACGCAAGUCGAUCGUGCAUCAAUAAACGCUGGAUCUGUGGAGAAGGCAGUGCUGUCGAGUAUACCCGCUGUUCAGCAUCUUCCGGUACACAUCAAAUCCGAAGAAAAGCUUUCCGCUGUUGUUUCACGCGAUGGAGGUCUCGAAAGCUGUGAGAUAUUGGGUAGUGUUGCGAUUCUGCUGAGUGAUUCGCAAUAUUCAACAGUCAGUGUGCAAAUGAAGAAUAACGAUCAGCAUGGCGUUCAACUUCAGGUGCAUCCAAAUCUUGAUAAGAAGGAGUGGCAACAACGAACGUUACUGAAAUUGAAAUCUGCCAAUAAACCAUUUCCAAAGGAUGUCGAAGUUGGCGUCUUGAAAUGGCGAUUGAUAUUAUCCAAUGAGGAUGCACUUCCAAUCACACUGAACUGUUGGCCGAAUGAAAAUCCAGAUGGUUGCGUUGUCAACAUUGAGUACACGUUACAAAUGGAGCACAUGACGUUGAAUAAUGUUGUUAUAACCAUUCCUUUGCCGGCAGCCACAGUACCAGUAGUAAGUGAAUGCGAGGGCUCAUACGAACACAUCAAGUCGAAAUCGUUGUUGGUAUGGACAAUAGCAGUAAUUGAUGAAACGAAUAAGAAUGGAACACUCGAAUUCACCACUGAUAACGGGCAACCAAACCAUUUCUUCCCUGUCAACAUGCGCUUUUCAUCGGAUGACCUUUACUGUAAUAUUGAGGUUGAAUCGGUGCAAAAAAUGGAUUCUGACGAGCCGGUAGAGUAUUCGAAAGAGACGAGAUUAAUAACUGAAAAGUUUGAAGUUGUUUAA